ACAGACACAAAGCUGCAUUACGCAUCAGUAAAGCAACCUGUUCCUUUCCUUAGCUUCUCUGAGUCUGUGUGCAUUUGUGUGAGUGUGUAUAUGUGUGGCAGUGGGAGGAGGGAGAGCGGGGUGGAGUUACUCGCUGCUGUGCUCUCUGUCUGCACUUUGAGAAAGACACCUGCGCUGGAAGGACAGAGAGAGAGAGAAAAAGAGAGACAGACAGAGAAGAGAUACCAACACAGAAAGAGACACCGAUGCCAUCACCCCUUUCUUUGAAGGUGAAAAAGAAAAAAACUGUGUGAGACAGAAAGGCAAAUCCUCUGCCUUUCCCUGAGGGAGACCUCAAGUGAGCCAAAGGAGAGGGUGGUGGCCAUGGAGCAGCCAGCCUCUGGCCCACGUCGCCGUAGCGAUGGCUCGGUGAGAGAAUGUCUAUUCUUCCCGGUGCUGGAACGAAACGAGCAGGAACGGCUGGAGGCCUUGAUGAAGAGAUCCAUGGAGCGCAGCCUGCAGCUGGAUCACCAACCAAAACGGUGGACAUGGGGGGGCCCCACCCUAUCUGCUGGCCAGGAAGAUGAUUUUGUGUCACUGGCUGCCAGAGCUCUACCCGAAGCCUUCGACCCUACAAUCAGGAAAAGCCUGUCAUCCUCCUCCACACCCACAGACUAUACUGGAGCAAGAGCAUCCCAGAACCCCCACAGGUCCCCCUAUAGAGCUCCACUGAGUCACCUGGAUCAGGGGAAGACCAGCAUUUCAUCCCAAGGGUUGUCCAAGGAGUCUGUGGGCACUGCUGUUCCCCCUGAAAUACCUCAGAGGGACAUACCAGGUGAAGUAAGAGGUGCUGUCUCUCCUGUAUGCACGGCACCAGCCAGACGAGCAGAGUCCCCGGCCACGCCCUCCCGUGGUUCUUCUCCUCGUGCCCAGAGCAGACCAAGGAGGGUUAGAUCCUCAAAUAGCCGUGCCCAAUCACCCUGUACUUCGGGGCAAUACCCCUCUUCCCCCUUGAGGCACAGAGCCACCACCCCUGGUGCCGACAGCAACAAGAAAUGGGAGGAGGAAGAGAAGGGUACCCGGGACAUCAGAGGUCAUGGUUCCCUGGAGAGGAAGACUUCAAAGUCUGAUACCCCUGAGAAGACUAUUCCAAAGUCCAGCAGUAGAGACUUGAGUGUAGAAAAGGGCGCAGAGCUAUCACCAGUGACACUGACAGGGAAGCCAGUUGCUGGAACAACAGACGCAGAGGAGGCAUCACGGUUGCUGGCAGAGCGCCGCCGUCAGGCUCGACAGCAGAAAGAGCAGGAAGAAAAGCAGCGACUUGAGCGGGAAGUGGAAGAGAGGAUGAGGGCUGAGGAGCUACAGAAGAAGCAGGCGGAGGAGCGUAUACGGCAGGAUGGGGUGGUGCGUCAGGCAGCAGAGGAGCGACAACGGCAAGAGCAGGAGAGAACGCGUAAAGAAGAGGAGGAGAGACAGCAAAGAGAGCAUCGUUGGAUGGAGUUGCAGGCACAGCUGGAGAGAGAGAGGGAGGAGACGGAGCAGCAGGUGCGGAAAGAGGCCGAGAGACACCGCCAGGAGCGAGAGCUGCUGAAACUGCAGGAGGAACAGGAAAGAUUACAGCGGAAGAAGAGGAUUGAGGAGAUCAUGAAGAGAACAAGAAAGGGUGAUGCUGAUGCCAAGGUGCUGUACAGGUGAAUGGACAGGUGGGUGGACACAGCACGUGGAUGAAGGCCACUGCAGCUCCCCUGGCCCCUCUGUCUACGGCCCAUAACAACCUUGGCCCCCUGCACAUGCAGAGCUGUGGUGUGGAUGAAUUUCCCGAUGAGGUGCAAUCCAUGGACGUGAGCCCUGUUUCUAAGGAGGACCUUAUCUCCAUCCUGGAGUUCAGCCCUGUGGAUGAGGUUCACACCAUCGGCACAAACAACACCAGCGCCAUGGAGGACCUGCUGGACCUGACGGGUCAUGUGGACUACCCCAAACUUGCUCCUGCCCACACCUUGGGUGACUGCAACAAGAACCUGAUAAAGAGCUUCUGCAACCCUGGGGCAGAGACUCAGACCUCAUCCCACCCUCAGACAAGCUGAACAUCCAGUAACUAGAGAAAGAAUCACAGCACCGAAAGUGCCAUGGCAGAGAACUGAACCCCAAAUACAGGGAUUUGUAUAUCGGUUGAAAGCUGGGUGCCCUACAGACUGUACUGUGGGUCAUUCAACAUUUACUAGUUAAUACAGUCCACACUUUUCAUGAUACACUUUCAUUAGGGUUUGCGAGAUGUACUGUGCUGUAGGGUACUGCAUAACAUUUUAUUUCUUGAUUGUAGUGUUUCUCUAUCAUUCAUGAGUCCUGGCUGUAAAACGGGAUGAAAUAAUCAUACCUGUACUGCAAACUGAUAAUGGAAUGAUUCAGAGAUUAGAACUAAAAGCACUUUUGAAGCCACUCUUAGGGAUUUAAUGGCACAUUGUACGUAGCAUUCAUAAUUGAUAAUCGUUUAAGCAAUCAAGGAAUAUUUGUAUGCAAUUCAUCAAGCAUGAAAAAACCUACUACAUAAAGUGAUUAGUUCAGAUCUGUACCAGAUUUAAAGGAGGCCUUCUGUUUUCAACAGUAGGGACAUUUUAUUUCAUUUUAUUUCUACUGUUUUAUAUUUUAUGUUUGUGUUGGUUUGGACUAUGAAAUUAAAUUAUUUAAUAGUUUGUGCUACUUUGUUUUAUGCAGUAUUAGUGGUGUUUGCAUCCCCUCAUUAUCAAAAACAGGAAAUUUGUUUCAUUCAUAUGUGCAAUGUUUGUGUAAUUUUUAACAUCCUCCGACAUCAUCCUCUGACAUACCAUAGUGGUUGAAUUCUGGCACAGCAGGACAGCUAGUCUGAAACUGAAUACUUAUUUACUCGUUCAUUUAAUUCCUCACACACUCUUUUAAAACAUGUGAACACUAGUGGUGCGCAGUUCAGUUAUUUUUUGAUCCACAUCUAAAGCACCCAAACCUUCUUUAACAUUAGAAACGCCAGAACUGAUACCAUCGGGUGUUUGGACUUUACAAUGCAAAUUAUGUUAAACUCGCAAAUGCAAUACCCUCCUCCUUCCACGCCUUUUCCUAAAUAGCUGGGCUUAAAAUAACUGCGCUGUUAGAACUCAUUAAAGAAAUACAGGCAUUUGGUGCCAUUUUCUUUUUCGAAACCUCCUCUGCCCGACAAUAGGUACCAGAUGCUGAUACCCAGGUGUGAAUGGGUUGCUGCUAAACAGCUACGGUCGCAGCAUUACCUCGUACACCCAACACUACUGGGAAGAAAAUGCAGGGCAAGGUCAGCAAAUGCAGUUGGAAUAAGGCUAAAGAUAAUUGCGUGAAAUGAAAUUGACUUGUGUGCUGUCCUUGCUCACACAAACAACCAAAGCUGUGCCUUCCCUGUGGAAUUGAUAAGCAAGAGGAGAGGGACAGUACAUAUGUAAAAGCUCAAUCGAAAUAGCAAUAGCAAAGAUAAGGGAGAAGCAAGCAGAAUUUGUUAUGACUGAAGAAAUAACUUUUUUUAUAUUGCAUUUUGUAUUUCUUUAAGUACAUUCUCCAUUUUGUGUUUUGCUUGUUUUAUAAAUUUUAGCGCUUGUAAUAUUUUGAAAUGAUGUCACUGUGGGAGCUGAAACUGAUGCUGUAAUGCUGGAUGAGCGGUUUAAUGUAGUAAAAAAACAGCCUUUCUAGUGUUAAAGCACCUGAACCUGAAAGCACCUGAACCUGAAAGCACAACCCAACCCUGUUCAUAGAUGCUUUCCAUUCAAAGCUUCAAAGAUUUCAAAGAAGAAAAAACACCUACCUUUACUGUUUUAACAGUAAUUAAAUAGAAACUGCUUACCUUUACUACUAAGGAAGCAACUAUUAUUUGGUGGAAAUGUCCAUUAAGAAAGGCAUCCAUGCAACUAAUUACACUGCAUGAAAACCUUUAAAACUUUUAAGAAAGUAAAAAAAUUAAAAUAAAAACUUCCAAUGUUUAAAACACGCACACAACCAGCCGGCCUGUUUGCCAGCAGCCAGCUGUGUGCAAACACAAAAUCAAAUACAUGGUGUCAGCAUCCAGUCUGUUUUGCUAUGAUUCAAUAAUACCUGCAGAGCUCACUCAAAGCAUAUUGUUGCAAUUGGUACAGCUGCGAAAAAGUGGAUUGCUGCUUCACUCAGAAAUGAAAUCUAUCCAGCUUGCCUGUACCUGACUAUAAAUAAAUUAGAACACAAAUUCUUUCUUUCUGGCUUACUACAUACACACUGGCAAAAAGUGCUCUCUCUCUCUCUCUCUCUCUCUCUCUCUCUCUCUCUCUCUCUCUCUCUCUCAUACACACACACGCGCACGCACGCACACACACACGCAUACACACAUACACACAC